AUGGCAGCUAAUGACGGGCGUGGGCAAGCAAGGACCUUGGACCCAGAGAAGCAAACACUCCUGAGUCAGCACACAGAGAAACACUUCACCGCUGGAGAGAUCGUCCGUGACAUCAUCAUCGGCGUAUCCGACGGUCUUACCGUGCCCUUCGCUCUCGCAGCAGGACUCUCCGGUGCCAAUGCCACGUCAUCUAUCGUUCUCACUGCUGGCAUCGCCGAAGUCGCUGCCGGUGCCAUCUCCAUGGGACUCGGCGGAUAUCUGGCGGCGAAAAGCGAGGCUGAUCAUUAUACGAGGGAGCUGAGGAGAGAACAAGAGGAAGUAGUAAACGUUCCUGAUACAGAGGCGGCAGAGGUAGCAGAGAUACUGGCAGAGUAUGGGGUAGAGCCACAUGAGUAUACGCCUGUGGUGAACGCUCUAAGGAAGAAUCCCAAAGCGUGGGUGGAUUUCAUGAUGAAGUUUGAACUGGGAUUGGAAAAGCCAGAUCCAAGAAGAGCACUGCACAGCGCCCUCACCAUUGCCAUUGCUUACGUUUUGGGUGGAUCAGUGCCCCUCCUUCCUUACGUCUUUUUUCCAAGGGCUAGAGAAGCUUUGGUUGCCUCCGUUGUCGUCACCUUGGGGGCGUUGCUAAUAUUUGGCUUUGCCAAGGGCCAGUUUACCGGCAAUAAACCCUUCCAGAGUGCCUUCCAGACUGCUCUCAUCGGAGCCGUGGCAUCCGCUGCUGCUUUUGGCCUGGCAAAGGCUAUCCAUCCAUGA